UUAGUUGCAGCUUGGUUUCAGUUCGGUUCGGUCGCCCAAAGGUGUUGGAGGCUCCAAGAAAAUGCUGCAAUCGGGAAAGUUUUUUAUUUGGCUGGCUUUUCUGCUGGCCUCUCAAGAGAUUUCGGGAGCAGUUUCACCUGAAGUGCAGAAUGCAGUCGAGCUGCCCAAAUGCUUUAGCUGCGAGGGCGUGAAUUGUCUGAGAACAACGCGCCAGAAUGCCACCGUCAGCUGUUCCGAUAAGUUGGAUGUCUGCGUUACCAUUUACGACGACUUUGCCGUGAGUGAGCGGGGCUGUUUCUCCCAGAUUUCCUUGGCUGGCCAGGCAAAAUGUGCGGCCAAGGACGACCAAUGUCAAAAGUGCAGUGGUCAGUUGUGCAACAACCAGGGGCGCAGGGACUUCAAGUGCAUUCAAUGCAUAGGCUCUGAUUCGGCUUCCUGCAACAAGGGUGCGUCCUCCGCCCUAACCGCCUCCCAAUGUGGCCUGCCUACCUCGGCUAACUCCUACUGCUAUGUCAAGGUCGUCGGCGACAAGAAGGACAGCCUGCAAAGGGGUUGUGCUCUGUCUGUGAAGGAACAAAAAUCCUGUCUGGAGGACUCGAAAUGCUCCCUCUGCCUGCCCGAUAACUCCAGUGAUUCCGAGGCCUGCAACAACUUCGACCUGGAACUGGACUCUAAAUCGGGUGCUGACAGAAGUCAACAAUUCAUAAGUCUGAGCUUUGCUUUCUCUGCCUUGCUCUUGCUUAAAAUGCUGAACUAAAUGUUAAAUAAAUAAACAAAAAUAUAAUAAAUAUCGAUUUUUUGUCAAAA